AUGGCUCUCCGAAUCAAUGAUCAAAACGGUGUGAGCAGAGGAACCCCUCAUGUUCAACCAAAUGAUAAUCUCUUUUGGUUCGGGAAAGAAGGAAGAAGCGAGAUCAAUAGUCUUCACUUUCUCCGCGGACUACUUUGUGCACUGAUGUACGGUGCAUCAAAACGGGCAGUCCCAUCGAAUCACCAAGACCAACAAUAUUACAAGGAAUCACUCUCAUCCAACGAAGAAGAAAUUGGUAAAGUACAAGAGAACAUAAGGAAAAACGAGCUACACCGGACAAUUCCCCAAAUCUGUUUUUCUACUCAAGCCGUAAACCCAUCCCCGCAAUUCCCGCAGCCCCUCCAAGUCAACAAUUCCAACGCCCCAAUUCCCGUAAUCCCCCAUCCCCGCAAUUCCCGCAGCCUCACCAUGCUACAAAUCGCAGCUUGCAAAGACAGCCUCCUCCAACCUCACCCAACUUCCCCUAAUUCCUCGCCAUGCUGCAAGUCGGCAAAGAAUCGCCGACCUCCUUUAAAGCCCUCAACCUCACCCUCUCGCCGAGGGGAGCUGAAGCCAAAAACUUGCUCCCGCACAUAUUCUCACCUCCAAAACAAUAUCAAGCUAGCCACCCUAUUGCUGAAAUUUUCAGCAGCUCCCUCAUCACCCAAAGUUAACCUCUAA